GUAAAGCUGUUACUACUGAGGUUAAUAGUAUAUCAAUAGAUUCAACCACUCAACAAAUCACUGUAUAUUUUCCCCCUAGUUAUUCAUCUUCAUGUGUAACCCAACUCACCGGUUAUCCUAGUAACAUAGACCACGUGAUGGAAGAUGACAAUAUAGUCCUGACAUGUACAUCAUGCAGCAGUAACCCAGAUGCAGUAUUAGAAUGGUACCAUGACAAUCAACCAAUCAAGGAUAAUCUUAACUCAAUUAUGUACACCAAUGGCGAAUUCAAUGGGAGAAAAACAACACAAAAUUUAAGCCUUGUUUUAUCAUAUCAUCACCACAACAAUGAAUUCUUCUGUGUAGCUGUCAAUGACGAGUUUGAUAAUAGCGUAUCUACGUCUGAGCCAGUGAAAUUGAAUGUUUAUUACACACCCAUUGCAGUGAAUAAAACACGGAAUGAACAGUCAAGAGCAAAUGAAGGGGAAACAGGAGAAUUACGAUGUCAGAUUAAUAGCAACCCUAUCUCUACACUACAGUGGUUUCGUCCAAAUGGAUCUGUACUAACUAACAAUGACAAAAUUACAAUAUCUAAUUCUACACACGGAACAUUACAUGAAAGCAUAAUUACAAUUACUAAAACUGAAUCUGAUGAUUAUGGUAACUACACAUGUUUUGCUGAAAGUGACUUUGCAAAUACAACAUUUAUUGUAAUAUUCAAAGGAAUAAGUAGUCCAUAUCCAGUGUCAGGUAUUGAGUUAUCCCCAUCCCAUAAUACUAUAAAUGUUACAUGGAUUCCUGGAUUUAAUGGAGGCGAAUCACAGUCAUUUUAUGUAGAAUACUGGGUAUCACCAAAUGGAGAGAAACAAUUAACAGAGGAAACAACAAGCAACAAACUAACAAUUGAUGAACUACUACCACUGACAGAAUAUAAUAUUAUUGUCGUCAGUAAAAAUAUAAUAGGAGAAAGUAGAAGUCAAACACAGUUUAUAAUUACUCAAGACGACACGGUUAUGGUUGAGAGAAGAUACGAAAAUGUGGCUGGAGAUUACUCAGAAAUUGAAAAUAAGUUGGGACCUGAAACGAAUGCAGACGUCGCUUAUGAAUCUAUAGAGAAAAUCGGUUCCACUAACAAGGAAGUAACAGAAAAGGAGUAUGCUAAACUUUCAUUUGACAAGAAUGAAGUUGUUUACAUGAAAUCAGGACAGAAGACAAUCGAAUUUUCAAGAGAUCAUAUUUGUAUCAAGAGUAUCAUUUCGAUUGGGAAGUUAUAUGAAAUCAGUAAAGCAGAAGCAUGGAACAUUGAUGGCGUCUCUGGACAUUCUAACGUAGUGAUUAAGAAAAGUAGUAACGGCGAUUCUCUAGUAGAAAAUGAAAUUGUGAAAGAAAUAGAAAUACUGCAAUCAAUACGUGGACACAGUAAUAUACUUCGAAUACUUGGAUGUUGUAUAGAAAAAGCUCCAAGUUUCAUAAUACUGGACCAUUUAAAUGUCGACUUGAAGACAUUUCUCCAAUCGCAGCACAAAUAUGAAGCCAUGGAAGCCUCACAUAAAGACCUGAUUUCAUUCGUAGUAGAUAUCGCCAAUGGAAUGGAGUAUCUGUCUAGCUUAAAGAUAAUGCAUCGAUAUUUGACUGCUGGGCAUGUAUUGAUUAGUGAUGACAAGAAGUGUAAAAUUUCUAAUUUUGGGUAUGCUAGUGACGCAAUAGAUGACGUACGGUUCUUCGAGAAAACUAAGGGUAAUUUUCCGUAUCAAUGGAUGUCCGUUGAAACGCUGUUAAACAGACGAUUUACUCCCAAGAGUGAUGUAUGGUCAUUUGGUAUUGUAAUAUGGGAAAUUAUAACUCAAGGAUCAAUGCCUUAUAACGAUUUAACAGAAGAAAAUGUAAAAGUGAUGGUAACUAAUGGAAAAGUAUUAUCAAAACCAACUCAUUGUCGCGCUGCUACGUAUCAACUGAUGAAAUCGUGUUGGAAUCGUCAUCCUCGAGAUCGGCCGACAUUCACCAAAUUGGUCAAAUCAAUAAGGUCAUUGUUCAAUGAUAGCAAGGAACCAGAUAACUCGUUUAAUGUUAAUGAGUCUCCAUAUGCAAAUAUAUGA